AUGGCAACCUUCCCUCCUUUGAAUAUCCCACCAGAGCUCCUGGAGGAGCUCUCAAAAUACACCACCCCAACAGGCAUUGCCGAUUAUGCCGCCCUCGCUGUCCUCGGUGGACUCGGUGCAACAUAUCUCUCCAAAGGACGACUAUGGGACAGACCGGAUCCGCUGAACUACCUCAUGUUCGAGCGACCACAGCUAAAGAAUGGCGGGCAAGCUGGCUCGGCCAACAAAGAGACUCGCAACAUCGCACAGAAGAUGGAGGAGACAGGGAAGAACAUCGUGGUCUUCUGGGGAUCCCAGUCUGGAACUGCAGAGGGUUUUGCCCAUCGGCUUGCCCGAGAGAUCUCGAUUCGCUGGGGUCAGGAAGCAAUGACUGCUGAUCUCUCUGAUUAUGACCCAGUCACGAUCAGUGAGAUUCCUGUCGCCAAAUUGGCUAUCUUUGUGGUUUCAACAUACGGCGAGGGAGACCCCAGUGAUAACACUGCCGAAUUUUGGAGCUGGAUCUCCAAGGCGAACGAUGUGUCACUGUCCAACUUGCGGUACGCUGCCUUCGGUCUGGGAAACACCAACUACAAGUUCUACAACAAAGUGGUUGACGUUGUCGUCGAGAACCUCGACAAACUUGGUGCCGGGGCUCUCCUGCCUGUUGGAAAGGCGAACGACGCGGAAGGAGCGACCGAGGAAGAUUUCAUGUCAUGGAAGGAAGAGCUUUUCGCUGUGUUCAAAGACAAGCUCGGCUUCCAGGAGGUUGAAGCCAAGUACGUCCCGAGUCUGAAGGUCGAGGAGGACGAAUCACUCGAGCCUAUCGACUUGCAUCACGGUGAACCGAACAACAAGAAUGAAGCUCCCAAGACCGCAGCUCAGUCCUCGGCCGUCCGCACAUUGAGCAUCUCCGAGUCCAGGGAGCUUUUCAACUCCUCCGACCGUCACUGCCUUCACAUGGACGUCGACUUGUCCAGCCAGCCCGAGCUAAGCUAUAAGACCGGCGACCACCUUGCUAUCUGGCCCGGAAACCCAGAUGUUGAGGUUGAGCGUCUGCUCGAUGUCCUCGGAAUUUCUUCACGUCGCGAUAUUCCACUUAUUAUCAGGGCCCUCGAUCCAGCAACAAAGAUAACCAUACCCACCCCAAGCAGCGCCAUUGCCAUCUUCCGCUACUACCUCGAGAUCUGUGCCCCCGUGAACCGCGACACCAUUCGAGAUCUCGCCCAAUUCGCUCCCACCCCCGAAGCAAAGGCAUAUCUUCUCCGACUUGGUCAGGAUAAGGAUAUCUAUGCCAACUUCAUCAAUCGCACGCACAUCAACCUCGGACGACUCUUGCAAUUGGCAUGUCCCGACAAGACCUGGGAUAGCAUCCCACUCUCUUAUCUCGUCGAGACUCUAUCGCACAUUCGGCCCCGAUUCUAUUCCAUCUCAUCAAGCAGCAUGGUGUCACCCCGCAAACCCUCCAUCACGGCCAUCGUCUCAACAACCUCCCUCCCUGACAACUCCGAUGAGCUCAUCCACGGUGUCACCUCCAACUAUCUCCUUGCUAUCUCUCAGCAAGCACGUUCCCAACAACACCCAAGUGGCAUCACUUACCAUCUCAACGGGCCCAGUGAUGCUCUUCAAGGCGGGAAAGUCUUCGCACAUAUCCGCCGAAGCAAGUUCAAGCUUCCGGCUCUGGGAAAAACGCCUCUUAUCAUGGUCGCUGCGGGAACGGGUAUUGCGCCUUUCCGCGCAUUCCUCUCUGAGCGCUGCCAGGUGUUGAAGAUUGGCAAGGAAGUCGGUCCUAUGAUUCUCUUCUUUGGAUGUCGAAACCCACAGGAAGAUUAUAUUUAUCGUGAUGAGUUGGAGGAAAUGCAGACGGCAUUGGGUGGUCGUUUGCGCAUUGUUACUGCCUUUUCACGACUGCAGGGUACACCGCGUCGGUAUGUUCAGGAUCGGGUUGGUGAGCUUGGAGAGGAUGUGAUUCGAAUGAUUGAUGAGGGUGGUAAUUUCUACCUCUGCGGUCGGGCUGGUAUGGCCCGUGAAGUGGAGAAGGUUGUUGCCAAAACCAUGAAGGAGGCCAAGGGAUGGAGUGAUACGGAGGCUAAUUCUUGGAGCAAGACGAUCAAGAAAAAGAAUAAGUGGCAGGAAGAUGUUUGGGGGUAG